ACGUAAGUCUGCGAGCUCAUUGUGAUACUCGCAAUGCUUGCAAUAUUUGUGUGAGAUCAGAUCACCAUCACCAUCAGCAGCAGAAGCAGCGGAGGAGAGCAGUUGGUUGGUGAGUGAGUGCAACAAGAAAACUGAUCAGCAAUUCAGGAAAAUAAAAUUCAGGAAACUUAUAAAAGCACUGUUCAGUCUGGGAGGAAAUUCAGUCGGCGAAGGUGAAAUUUAGUUGAAAAGUGCUGAUUUCGUAAAAUAGUUAGUGUCGAGUUCGGGGCAUGAGCUGCAGUUCCCGUCGUCUUCUUCCUCGUCCUUGUUCUUCGUCUUCUUCUUGGAGGUCAUCGUCAUUGUAAACAUGAAUGUUCCAACGUCCCCACUCAAACCCCGAUAUGGGGAUCGUUUCAUCCCCACGAGGGCAGGAAAUACGUGGAGUCUUACUUAUCCCACUGCUCCAGCCACACCUGUAACCGAGCCUGGUCGUCCCCUCGGCCCAUUCAAGAAACCCCGUGAGUCGAACGAGAACAGCAAGGAUGGUUCCGCAGUGUAUUCUUGCCUUUUAAAAAAUGAAGUAUUGGGCUAUCAGUUUGAAGAUUACAAGGAUGUCACUGAGAAGAAGUUGACCCCAAAUAGGAAAUUGUUUCAUUAUGACACGUCGGAACGAUCCGUGGUCAUAAAUGAGCCAUGGUCACCAUAUUCUCUCUCACCGAUUAGUAACAAAUCAGAAAAGUUGUUACGUUCUCCAAAGAAACCGACGAGAAGGAUUUCUAAAGUUCCGUUCAAGGUUUUGGACGCACCUGAACUGCAAGACGACUUUUAUCUUAACCUGGUGGACUGGUCUUCUCAGAAUGUACUUAGCGUGGGACUGGGUACUUGUGUCUAUUUAUGGUCCGCAUGCACUUCACAGGUCACGAGGUUGUGUGACCUAGCUCAGUCGGAUGACACUGUGACUUCAGUUGCUUGGAAUGAGAGGGGAAGUUUGGUCGCAGUGGGGACUCAGGCCGGAUUGGUCCAAGUCUGGGAUGCCGCGGCAGGGAAACAAGUAACGACAAUACAUGGUCAUACUGCACGUGUUGGAGCAAUCGCAUGGAAUGGUGAUUUGCUGUCGAGUGGAUCUAGGGACCGAUUUAUUAAUCAAAAGGACAUUAGAGCUCCACCAACAAUACAGGAACGGCAACUAGUCGGUCACAGACAGGAGGUUUGUGGUCUCAAGUGGUCACCAGAUAACCAAUUCUUGGCAUCUGGAGGCAACGACAAUCGCCUGUAUGUUUGGAAUUUGCAUUCAACCGCUCCAAUUCAAAAUUAUACUGAGCAUUUAGCAGCAGUUAAAGCAAUUGCAUGGUCACCUCAUCAUCACGGUCUUUUAGCUAGUGGAGGAGGCACGGCGGAUAGAUGCAUUCGCUUUUGGAACACUCUGACUGGACAACCCAUGCAGUGUAUCGACACAGGGUCACAGGUGUGCAAUUUGGCGUGGUCGAAGCAUUCUUCAGAAUUAGUCAGUACACAUGGCUACUCUCAAAACCAAAUAUUAGUCUGGAAAUAUCCUUCACUCCAGCAAGUCGCUAAACUGACUGGGCAUUCCUACCGUGUCUUGUAUUUAGCCAUGUCUCCUGACGGAGAGGCAAUCGUUACCGGAGCUGGCGACGAGACGUUAAGAUUCUGGAAUGUUUUCAGUAAGAACAGGUCGCAAAAGGAGAAUAAGUCAUCACUAAAUCUAUAUAACUGUAUAAGAUAAGGUUGUAGAGGAUAGUUGCUAAUAGUAGUUCUAGUUGAUAAGUGCAUCUAUAAUUAAGAACACCACCACCACCACUGCCAAUCUGGUGAAUUAUUCAGAACAUAAAAAAUGAAACAAGCAGGUACUUACAGAUAACAAGGAAUAAGGAAGCACGUCACAUUAACCACCACGCUUGACCCUAUUCCUCAACUGAUGGGAAAUCCAUAAUUGUUCCCUUAUCAUUGCCAAAAAUCAAAUCUUUAUUUAUUAUUUUGUUGAUAAGUAUAUAGUCAAGCAGAGUAGGGUAACUAUUAAGUAGAUAUUCAAAUCACAGAGUUUUUUGAACAUAUUUUGUCUGGUAGCAAUAUAUAAUAUAUGCAUCAUAAUUAAGAUUUAUAUUCUAUACAAAUAUAUUUGUCGCCACUACUAUGAAGCAUGUUAUGUAAUAUACAGAUACCUGCUAUGUAAACUGUGAAUGUUAUUACCUAUUCUAUUAUUCAUUACUAAAUGUCAUGUUCCGAACACCGCUAAACUCACAAUAUCAUCAUCAUUUAUUAUACAAUAUUAUCGUUAUUGUCGUUGUUUUCUAUAUAGCUUUAUUAAUUUACACACGAUUACGCGACAGAUUUAAACGGGUAGAUUAUUGACGACGCAAUUUUUUCAGUUUCAAAAUUUCCAUAAAUAUCGACUCAUGCUAAUAUUUGUAAAUUUAUACAAUUCCUAUGAAUGCUAAAAGACGAGCUGUAUUACUACGUUACGUCGCAUAACUCACUUAUAUACUUACUGAAUGUUCCCAGUCGCAUUAAUUAAUUAUUUAUUUGUGUUUAAUCAAGUUAAUUGGACAAUCCUCUGUUGAAACGUUAUCUCUUGUUUUAUUUUAAUUGAAAAAACUUCUCCCUGCGUAUUGAAAAUAUUUCAAGAGAAAAAUUAUUAACUAAGAAAGUCGGGCAGUGUGCAAUGCAACGCGGAAUUGAAAAAUUUGCAAAGUUUUAAUUGUCGUUUAGAAACCUGUUUAGAAAAUAACUCGAAAAAUUAGUAGUAAAGAGUAGAAUUAUAUGUGCCGGUUACUUACAAAAUUCUAGUGUAAUCAUCAUUUUUCACAAGAGAAUGAUUUUAAAUUCGUUCCAGGAAUUAGUAUUACUUAUGUAACCAUCAUGAGUCUCUGUUUAAAUUGUUGUUUAGCAUGUACACACCAGUCGUUACUAUUUGCGUGGGUUUGUGAUUUGUGGAAGGAAAACGUUACGAUGAAUUACGAAUUAUAUUUACCACGGUUGGUUGGAGAAAUCAAAAUCAAUGAAUUAAACAAGCAAAAUAAAAAGCGUCGCAAAUAUUGACAUCAUGUACACAA